AUGCCGGGAAUUCCUGGCGCCCCUGGGCCGCAAGGACAACAGGGAAAAGAUGGAGCUCAGGGGGAGCCUGGUGUAAGGGGACCGAGAGGUAUGACGGGAACAAGAGGACAGAAAGGAAAUUCCGGGUCACUUGGUAAAAAUGGUGCACCUGGAAUGAUGGGAAUUAAAGGAGAUAAAGGUCAUGGAGGGUCACGUGGCAGCAGUGGACCGCCAGGAGUAAAGGGUGUGAAAGGAGAGCAGGGAUCUAAAGGAGAGAAAGGAGAAAUCGUGAAUAGUGCAGUGUCACAGACCAACUGGAAACAGUGUGUGUGGAAAAAUCUGAAUGAUGAUAGAGAUAGUGGAAAGAUUAAGGUAUCCAAAUAUCUAGAAAAUUCAGUGAAAAUAAAGUGUUAGAGCCAAUUUGUCAUGGCCAUCUCAACAAGACUUUAGAGAUAUGCUAUCAAACUGAAAAUAUCAAUUAACAAUUCCGUGCAUUCUAACAGGCAGGAAAAGUACAAGGUCAUCAUCACAUUGUUCCCUAUAAUACUCUUUUAAAGCAUUUGUUUUUGGGCACUAAGACUGUCUUCUCGGCAUUUGUUAUAGGACUGCUCAUUCAACAAGCUGCAGUCUGAUACAGCCAUUAAAGUCUCAUUCCAGGGAAAUAUGAGAGUAUACAGCUCUUCUAAAUGCAACAGGUGGUUCUUCAAGUUUAAUGGAAAUGAAUGCAGUGGACCGAUGACAAUUGAGGCUGUUGUGUACAACAGCUGGCCAUCUAGGAAUCCUAGUCUGCUUCAUCACAGAUCAUUUGAGGGAUUCUGUGAAAACAUUCCACAGGGCAGGGUUACUGUGGAGUUAUGGGUAGGACAGUGUCUCACUCAUACACUGGGUGAUGCUUACACUGGAUGGAACUCAGUAUCCCGGAUAAUGAUUGAGGAAGUGUCUAGAGCCCAGUCCUAAUCACCCUGUCAUUUUCAGCUGAGGAAUGGAGAAGAAUAUUCUCUUUUUUAUUUAUCCAUUAUUUUAGAUUCAUAAUUUUCUCACAUUCUCCAUACCACCUAAAAAUUGAAGUUGCUGUUUGCCACUAAUACUAUUUUGCCCUGAUAAUGUUGGAUGUUACGAAGAUUCCUUUAUUCCAAUUUAAACCUUCUGCUUCUUUUUGAUCAUAUGUACUUUUCUUUGUACUUUUUAGUUUAUGCUAUAUACCGGUAGAUACCUACACCCCUCUAAAAAUUUUUUUUACAGAAUUAUUUUAAGUUUGUCUCUGUAUUACAGUAAAACUGUUUGACAUGUGAAAAUGAUAGUUUCUUUAAUCAUUAGUGAUACAACUGUGUGUGCUUCUUAGUACUUUUGGUUACAUCACAAACCAGAUAUGAUCUCUCGCUUUUUUCCAUUAUUUCUAUCAUCUUUUCCUCAGUAUCUCGAAAAAUAGUUUUGAAACCCUUUUUAAAUAUUAAAUGAAGACAAAAGAUCCAUAGUAUGAUAACAAAUUGAAGGGAAAAUGUUUAUCAUGAAAUUUUAAAAUUAAUUCAAUAUUUUUAAAUUAGAUUGUAUUCACAGCUAGUUUCUUUUAAUGGAAAUCAAUUUUCUCCAUCCUGUUUGUUCUGGAGAGUCCUUUAGAUCUGGUGGUACAUCUGCAAUUUCAUUAAAAUAAAAAAGUAGCAACAAAAUGUCAAAGGGUCAGUGGGCACAGACAGCCCAAGCUCAUAACUUACUACUUGAUCUUACUCGUUAAAUCUGAAUCCAAUUAGGUAGGUUGAUGAAACAUCUUAUUCCCAUUUUCCUGUUUAAUCCUCACUCGUUCCCAGUCCUUAAUCCCUUUUUGCAACAUGGGGCAGAGGAGAAUUCAGUUGGAAGCUGAUUGUGAACUUCAAGAAAGACAACUUGGAAUAGGUCAUUCUAAUUUUUUCCCCUUUCGACCCGGGUUUCCAUGCCUGAAAGAGGAAAAUUUCCGCUAACAAAGAACUUCCCCUAAAAAUUGUAGUUUUAGUUGAUUAUUGACAAUUAGUGAAACCUACAAUCAAUUCCAUUUACAAAUGUUUUAUGUGGCAGCUCAGGAGAACAGAAAAAGACAAAUCUAGAGAAUAAACAGUCAAGUUUCUAGACUGCUUACAAAAAAACAUAACUCAGCUGAUCUUUCCCUCAAGUUUUUUCAGAAGAGGGUGUCAAAGGGGGGGUUCCAAUCACACAUCACGUUGAAUUUUCUAUCGAAUCACGCAUCACGGGUAAUUUUUUUUUAACCAAUCACGCGUCACGUAUAAAGGAGUAAGUACACUAAUCUAACACGGUAAGAUUUCAACCUAUCGGAUGUAUUAUUGAAAAUUAUAUUGUAUCCAACGAUUUUAUCCUGGAAUGAAUUGCGUUUCACUUGUCAUAUUGCUUUUUGUAAGACAAAUGAAGAUGAUUUACUUGUUGAAACUAGACAACCAAGCGGUCGACAAAAAGAACACUGAAGAACAUAGUCCCUGUGCAAAUGUUAACUACAUUAACUUAUGCAUAUUGUGUUACGAUUGUUCGGACCUACUUGGAAGAUCAAAGACAUCAAAGGUCAGGCGAAGGUCAGCAAAGGACGGAAAAGACCAGAAAACAGUUUGACGGCUGCCAUGGUUUAUUGAUCUUUGUAAGACUCUAUUUCCUUUGAAUGAUUGGUUUCCUCUUGGCCAAAGAGCGUUCAUUAUCACGGAUAUCUAAUUAGUAAGUCUUGUAAAUCACGCGUCACGCACUUGUAAAAUAGAAAACCACCCAUCAAGUUGUGAUGUCCGGUCCCGCGUCACGCGGAUAAUUUGGGUUCAAUCACGCGUCACCCUGCAGGUUUUGGGGCCAAGUGCCACACAUUACAAAGUAAACCUUGCUUUAAUUUAAUAAACACAACAAAAUAAUCUCAUCUGUAACACAUGCAAGUACGAGGUUUGAUCUUUAUUUGUCAACUUUUUGGUUAACGUUUUCACACCCAAGAUCUUAUUGGUAAUUCUCCUUACUGUCUGCCAGACAAUUCUUGUGAUGUGAGUUUGGAAAACUUGGUAUUGGAUCAACUAACAAUCGCUACUUGAUAUUUUGAUAUAUCGAGGGAUACUGUGAAAACAUCCCACAGGGCAAGGUGACCGUUGAAUUAUUGGUAGGAAGAUGUCCCGGUGAAUCACUGGGUAAGGCUUACAUUGGAUGGUCAUUACUGUCCCAUAUAAAGUUAGAGGAAGUGUCAAGAGCCCAGACCUGAUCACUCCUAUCGUCUGCACUUAAGAUGACUUUUCAGCAUUGCACUGUGCAUCAUGCACUGAGCAUCAUGCACUGCGCAUAGAUAUCAAGUAAUCAAUUUAAUAAGUGUUGGUUUUCAGGCAAAGGACGAGGCAAACAGCUACUUUGAUCUUUUGCUCUUGAAAAGGCACAUUGACUAAUAUUGUUUAUUGGAUAAUUUGGUUUAAAAAUUAUCUCCUUUAAUUCAGAGAGACAUAAAAAAAAUUAUCAGUGGAAAAAGAUAUAGUUAAAAACGCGCAGGAGGCCGUUACUCGAGGAUGGAAAUCAUGAUCUUAUAUGCAAUGCCUCAAAGAACGCUUUUAGUCGAUGUCGUUUAAAAUCGGUUAAUUUUUUCCAUAAAUUAAAAAACAAACAUCACGAACUAUUUUUUUAUUGCAUUUUUCGAAACAGACCUUGGUAGGGAACAUUUAAGGGAAGUUUAACUUUUUUUUCAUUCUUCCAUCAUCGUGAUUUUCUAGAUUGUCUCCAAUUUUCAAUAUCGCAAGAUAUUUGUCUAACUUUUUGUUAGUAACAACUUUUGCUCUAAAAAUAUUCCCUGUUACCAUUCCAUUACUCCACAAAAAAAAGCUGGUAUUUUUAACAAACUUGACAAUUUGAUCCCCUCCCUAAGUUUCUCCUGAGUAAUUUGCAAUCCGUUUGCAAUCUCUCCCCUAUUUUAUGCACAGCAGGUAAAAUAAAUGUUUAAUACGGAAGAGUAGUCCUUAUACCUGAUUAAUUUUAAAGAAUCAAAAGGAAUCUAAGGCCUCAACACGACAUACUGUAAGCGGUAAAUUAGGUAGUUGCUGCCUGUGAAGGAAAACUGAGAAUGUUUUAAUAAAAAAAAAAGACAGUUUUUUUAAUCAUUAGUGAUACACCUGUACAUGCUUCUUUUCAUGUUGGCUACAUUGUCAUCAUUUCCUUCGUCUUUUUCUCAGUUCUUGCAAAAAAGUCUUGAAACCCUUCAAACACAUUGAUGAAGAAAAAGAGUUGUCCCUUGUACACAAAAGAAAAAUGUUUAUCACAGUCUCGCAACUGAGUUAGCAUGUUUUCAAUUAAAUUUUAUUUACUAGUCUCUCUUUAAAGAGACAUAUUUCCUCCAUCCUGUUUGUUCUGGUAAGUCCUUUGAAUCUGGUGGCACAUCUAUGAUUUACUGUCGAUAAAAAGUAAAUACAAAAUGAUUAAGGGCGAGCAAGCACAAAGAGCGUAAACUCUUAAAAAUAGUAUCUAUUAUAUUUCCUUUAGUCAAAACAUGAGAUGUGAAAUGAAAUUUUCAUUAAACUAAACAUGACUCUUGCCAUGCAGAAGAAUGAUGCAGUAUUAUACAAAUCUGCAUAGCGUAAUCUAACGUAUUAAAGAAGUACUGGGAUUUACUCAGUGUAAACUCACGUACCGAAUAAAAAUCGUUUUUCUUUGAUGAAAAGCAAUCCCAUUGGUCAUGGGAUUUUUCUCGUUAGUUAAAAAUAUCGUUUGACUAAUCAGAAGGGUAAUAGGGUUUUUUUUCACAAGUGGGAAAAUUGUAUCGGUUUUUCUGCCUUUUGGAGCGGCAUGCGAAAUAAUUGAGAGUGAAUGUCUGCAACGCUCCUGAAGGUAAGAUUAAAUUUUCCACCCGUAUUCAGUGCAUAAUUUUGAUAGCAUAACUGCAUAAUUAUAAUAGCAAGAGCAUCGAAGAUAAUGCCGAAAUAAUAACGUAAGUUAAAAAAAAAAUCCCUAUGGUGUUACACUUUAACAAAAGAUGAAUUCUGUAGCCUGAGUAAUGGCCAUAAUGAAACUGCUUUUCUUGCUCCCACUUAAAGAAUUUGCAAGUUUUUCCUUCUGAUAGUAGGAAUGGGGAGGGGAGAGGGAUGGGGAGGAGAGAGGGAGGGGGAGGGAGGGGGAGUGCACGCGCUUAUUCAACUGAUUACGUGAUAUCUAUGCGCAGUGCAUGAUGCGCAGUGCAUGAUGUGCAGUGCAUGGCGCGUAGUGCAAUACUAAAGAAUCAUGAGCUAAUACAUUGUUAUUUUGAGCUUUUUGAAAAAUUCUAAGCAUAAUGUUUGGCAUAACGCCAUUUUUCCAGGGGGAGACACUCGAAAACAAUGUUACUCGAAACUAAUCUGAAACUAAAUGCCACUUUCAAUGAGCAUACGCUGAUCAUACAUGAGCGUGUGUACAGGAAGACGGAUAAUUCAGGUCUUUAAGAACGCCAUACUGAACAUCUAAGCUAAUUAAAGUGUUGACAUGUCUUAAAAGUAUUGUCCAAUAGGAGAUUUUGUUUUAAAUCGCACACAAUUUUCAGAAUUUUCAACACAAAGCUACAUAAUUUCAGGCCGUGAAUUCGAGUAAAGCAUGGUAAAUCUAUUACGCGAAUCUUUUACAUGCAAGAAAUUAGUACGUUUUUUUCGCUUCUAAGCAGUAAAUUUAGCUUUCCUUUAAAAGUAGCUUUAGUCUGGAAAAUUUUCUUGGUCUAGAAGCUUAGGAUGAUCUUAGCUUCGUCUCGAACAACUCACGAGUCUCUCGUGCUCUCCAAACCUCCCGCAUGUAUCCAUGGCAUAUCUGGAUAUACGCACGCUAAGCAUGAAGAACAUGAUACAUCCUGCUAUGCAAAUAAGGCGAGCUCGUGACCGAUCAUCUUCCUCAGAUGCCAAGUCAUAAACACGGCCAUGCUGGUUGUCUUCUGAUGAUCUUCAUGGAUGAUCAUGGAUAAUCACAACUUCUGGGAAGCUCUAGGAAAUUCACCCAAUAAGGAAACAAGGAAAGGAAAUAAAGCUGUUUUCGAUAACACCGUACCUUAUCACAUCCCUUCUGAAAUCACUGGUCAUUUGGUCAAAGGCUAAACGGAAAUCAUGCCACUGACCAUAUCAAAUAUCUUUUCCUCCUUAAUAUGUCACGUUUGAUCAGAGAAGGGAUGCUACGUGGCCUGGAUUUUCCGGGUAAUUUCUCUGAAUUUAUGAAGAUUACGUGCUUCAUUAAUGAACGUGAUAAGGAUAUCAUAGUCAAGUUAUUUACCCGUGUGUGAUUUCGAGUAGUUUCAGACUUCCUUUCCAUUUGAUUAGCUCCAUCGCUUCCUUGUUAAAAUUCUUAUUUUAGAAUGGUAGCUGAGAGUUUACAUUUAAAGGAAAUUCUUUAGGAUACAAAAAGGCACGUACAGAAGGAAAUGCUUCACAACGAACAAAGUCAGUGUGUAAACAUCCGAUUAUGGCCGUCAUUAAUCUGUAUUCAUUAACACGCCAGCUAGAUCAAGUAACAGAUACUUAACAGUUUCGUUUGCUAAAUUGAAAGAUUUUGUUAAACUUCUUUGAGGUUAAAUUUUGUAAAAUAAACAAAAGGUCAAUAUGCUUAAUUAAGAACUAAGGUUGUACUAAGAAAUGUUAAAUAUAUUUCAGAGAAAAAUUUACCUCUGUUCCCGAGGAGAUCUAACAAAGCAGUCAUGAGGUACUGUAAUAGUUCUUGACUGACAAAUGAUAACUUGCCCCUUCAAAAAAGCGUUAGCUAAUUAAAAAAAAAAAAAAAAAAAUCUCGAAAAUUUUUUCAAUGAGCAUGCGUUAUCUAUACUUGAAUUUAUGUACAGGAAGAUAGACAAUACAUGAAGUUUUCUAAUUCUUUGAAAUGAGCUUGAGGUCUCCAGGAACACUAUACUGAACAUCUGACGGCUUGGCCGCUUUAAUACUGCCGCAUUUUUCUAAUUACAACACGGUUUUCUGUGAUACUAACGACUGGCCGGGUCAAAAUAACUAAAAAUAUCCCGCAUUUCCUCAAUCAAAAACAUUAUUGUUUCAGUUUAACAAGAUUUGCAGCAUGACGCGUCUGAAAUUUGUACCGUUAAUACAUAUGGUUAAGUUUGAAGAUGAAAAUCUAUCACACUGCGUCAGAAAGGUCUAACACUAGGUAUUUAGAACGUUUAAUAAUUAAUCCAAAGGCCAAACGAAGAUCACGUCAGUCACAGACUUUAUCAAAUUUCUAUGCCUCCUCAAUAUGUCGCGUUUGAUCAGAAAGGAACAUUUCAUUGCGCAGAUGUUUCCGGGAAAUUCUAUGUAUUUGUAGGGGGGUACGUGCUUCAUUAAAAACGUGAUAAGGAUAUCAGAGUUAAGUUGUUUACACGUGUGUGAUCUCGAGUAGCUUGAGACUUCCUUAUCAUUUAGCUCCAUCGCUUCCUACACUUAACAUUUCAAGGAAAUUCUCUGAGAUAUAAAUAGGCGCGAAUAUAAGGAGAUAUAUAUUUCAUUCAUAGAACACGAACUGCUCGUGUGAAGCAACUAUCGAAGAAUGGCGAAGCUUCUGAUCCUCGCUGCUUUGUUAAUUUUCUCAUCCAAAACAGAAGUAAGUUCCGUGGGAACAACCACCAGUCCUCAACAACAGAAUCCGCAAGCUGGUGCUGACAAAGACCCAUGUGAGGUACACUUAAGCAUGCUUUAUCCGCAGUUCUUUACUGUAAAAUUGCAUGUACUUCAUGAAACGUUCAUCUGCACACCUAAGUUUACUACCCAUGUCUACCAAGCUAAGCGCAAAACAAAUCCCUCAUCAAUCAUAAGUUUUCAAAUACAAAGUAGAACAUUAUUGGAAAAAGUUUUCUUUUAG